UUUGUCAUGUCUUACGAAAAUUUUUUAGGUUACAAUAACUUACAACUAUCAAGCUGGGUACUUAACACAGCACGAAGACAAGGAAGUGAAAAUUAUAGACUUGGAUGCUCACGGAACAGCCAUAUUCGGUCUUCAACCUCCAAUAAAUUGCAGCAGUGCGCGAGUUGAAUUAAAAUGUUGCAUUACUAUGACUGCAAUUAUCGAUAUUGCUUAUUAUGACCGAUCUGGAAAAGAUGAGUUCAAAGAUGCAAGUAUUUACUCGAUUCUUUACUUAGAAGCUAGCAAGAGUCCCUCAAAUAGCUUUCUUCAAUUAAUUGCUGACCAGGGAGGAGUUGUCGAUGUUGGAAAGAUGCUAUCAUUUACAGUCAAAGCUACAGAACCAUUAUCAACUAUCACUUAUCAGGUCAUUGCUCGUGGAUCUGUAAUUUUGGUUCAAAAUAUGGCAGUCAACGGAGAUUUAGCAACGAUUACAUUUACAGCAACAUCUCAGAUGGCACCGAAAGCUCGUUUGGUAGUUUAUACAAUUCGAUCAUCAAAUCAAGAAAUUUUAGUUGAUGCAACUGAUUUUCGGGUCGAUGGUGUUUUUCGAAAUAAUGUAUCACUCACUGCAGACCGCAGUAUGGCAGAGCCUGGUGCAUCUGUAAAGUAUACGAUAAAAGCUGAUCCAGAUUCUUACUGUGCUUUGCUUGCAGUAGACCAAAGUGUUCUACUUUUAAAAUCAGGCAAUGACAUCACCAAAGAUUUAGUAGAACAUGAUGUAGAACAAUAUGAUACAACUAGUAGCAGAUAUGGUUCUCGACUUUUUGAAGGACCAUUUAAACGCUGGAAGCGUUCAAUUUGGUACCCUUGGUGGGGUGUUGGUGGUAGAGAUGCAGCAACAAUUUUUGAAAAUUCUGGCUUGGUUGUAUUGACUGAUGCUCUUCUCUAUCAAUCGUUGGAUAUUGUUGAAAGACGAUCUGUUUAUUUUUUUCAAACGAUCAGUUCACUUUAUAAUACUAUUUUGCCCCAUGCAAUUGAAAAUAUUAAUAAGGCAGGUGAUAUUUCAGAAAUGAUAACAGUGUCAUUAGCAUCAUCAGCACAGUUACCAUCACCUACAAGAAUACGAAGGCAUUUCUCAGAAUCCUGGAUUUGGAUUUCUGCUUUCGUGCCAGACUGGCACAAAGCUUUCAGUAGAGAACGUAACAAUUGUUGA